AUGAAAAACCUGAAAAGUAGCUGAUGCAAACCACUUUAGAGAAAGCCCAUAUGGGCGUAAAAAAGCUAGUCGCACAGCACUGUUCGCCCCUGGUGAAUGCCACUUGGCCGCCGAUUCCACUGACCACAACCAUCGCCACACCAUCCUGCCGAUCCGAUCAGCCGUGUGAACUUAGCAACUGCGUGGACCCAAUGACAACGAUGCACCGCCGCCUUUGUGAACGGAGGGAAUCACUGGAAUUUGGAUGCAAGUGACAAGCGGCGAGCGGAAUCAAAGCACUCGGUAUUGAGGCAGUGCCUGCCAACGAAACGAAAACCAAAUCCUGACCAGCAACGCGACGGCAUGAAGCUGCUGGGCAAAUACGUGGACAAGGGCAUGCAGGGAAAUGUAACCCUGAUGCCCGAGGAGUCCGAGGACAUGUGGCAUGCGUACAAUUUGAUUGCGGAAGGCGACAGCGUGCGCAGCACCACCAUUCGCAAGGUGCAGAAUGAAACGGCCACUGGCUCCUCCACCAGCAACCGGGUGCGCACCACCCUAACCAUUGCGGUGGAGACCAUAGAUUUUGAUACGCAGGCUUGUGUGCUCCGACUGAAGGGCAGAAACAUCGAGGAGAACCAGUACGUCAAGAUGGGCGCCUAUCACACCCUCGACCUGGAGCUGAACCGCAAGUUCGAGUUGCGCAAGCCGGAGUGGGACACCAUUGCCCUGGAGCGCAUCGAAAUGGCCUGCGAUCCCACACAGUCGGCGGAUGUGGCUGCUGUGGUGAUGCAGGAGGGAUUGGCACACGUCUGCCUGAUCACCGCCAGCAUGACAUUAGUGCGCAGCAAAAUUGAGGUCUCCAUACCGCGCAAACGCAAGGGCAGUGUCCAGCAGCACGAGAAGGGACUGGCCAAGUUCUACGAGCAGGUAAUGCAGAGCAUCCUGCGGCACGUCAACUUCGAUGUGGUCAAGUGUGUGUUGAUUGCUUCGCCGGGAUUCGUGCGCGAUCAGUUCUACGACUACAUGUUCCAGCAGGCGGUCAAGAUGGAUUACAAGCUGCUGCUGGACAACAAGAGCAAGUUCAUGCUGGUGCACGCCUCCUCGGGAUUUAAGCACUCUUUGAAGGAGGUUCUUCAGGAUCCCGCCGUGCUGGCCAAGAUGUCUGACACCAAGGCAGCUGGCGAGGUCAAGGCCCUGGAGCAAUUCUACAUGAUGCUGCAAUGCGAGCCCGCCAAGGCCUUCUAUGGCAAGAAACACGUCCUGCAAGCCGCCGAGUCGCAGGCCAUCGAAACGCUGCUCAUCUCGGACAACCUCUUCAGGUGCCAAGACGUUGCUCUAAGGAAGGAAUAUGUCAAUCUGGUUGAAUCCGUUCGCGAUGCUGGGGGAGAAGUCAAAAUCUUUUCGAGCAUGCACAUCUCAGGAGAACAACUUGCUCAACUGACUGGAAUUGCGGCUCUCCUGCGCUUCCCGAUGCCCGAACUGGAGGACAGCGAUGAUGAUGAUGACGAGGAUGGAGCGGCGGGCGGAGCGGAUAGCGAUAGCGACUAGGAUCACAAAUAGGAUACAAUUUUGAUAGAAGCUUCAUGGAAUCUUGGCAUUUGAUAACGGAUCUAUUUGACUUAGGAACUCAACUUUAGCGAUCGAUAUACAAGUAGACUAAUAGCAACCACGACAGACUUGGACGUCAGGGCAUAUACAAUAUACAUAGUGCUAAUUCAAUACGAUAUACACACAAAUAUCCUCCUAAGUUUGCACCCGUGGCUGGGCCCAGAAAUUCUUAGUCAGAGUUCUAACAUUUUUGGGGACAAAAGAAAGCCACUUAAAAAUGUGGCCACAAUAUUGAUAGCCUUCAUUUAUUGCUUUAUUUAACCUCCAAACAAAAUUGAGUUGCUGUCAACUAUUUUGUGCAAACUAAAGGCCUUUUCUGAGCACUUAAAUUUAUUGUUCAUUAAUUUGUAAAAUGCAAAACGGAGUUUACAAAGCUAUUACAAUCGUAAUAUAUUUCAUAUAGUUAUUUAUCCAGUUUCGUUGUUUGAAAAAGGAUUUUAUGCAUCAUCGAAAACGCUCUUAAUGUUGCUUAACUUUAUAAGAUUUGUAAUUAUCAUUUUAUGCUGUAAACAUAACUUUUUGUUAAACCCUACUAGUUGAUACAAGCUGUAAUUAAUUACCCUGCUGUAAAAUAUAUAAUCUAUGAACAAAUUGUACAAUAAAUCAAAUUCAAGAAUUCACCCAUAUGAA